AAGUGUCCGGACUGGAAGGGGGGGAAAGUGUCCGGACUGGAAGAGGGUGAAAGUGUCCGGACUGGAAGGGGGGGUGAAAGUGUCCAGACUGGAAGGGGGGGAAAGUGUCCAGACUGGAGGGGGGUGAACGUGUCCGGACUGGAAGGGGGGGAAGUGUCCGGACUGGAAGGGGGGGGGAAAGUGUCCGGACUGGAAGGGGGGGAAAGUGUCCAGACUGGAAGGGGGGAAAAGUGUCCGGACUGGAAG